AUGCCCGGCGUGUCGGGCCAGAACGGUAGUCCUACGAGACGCUCGAAUCUGCUGCAAAGGAUCGGCAUCGUGCCCUCGAACGCACCGCCGGCCCGACCGUCGACACGCCCCUCGGCAAGCGAUGACUUGCGCAAGGAGGCGCUGGCGACUAGCGGCCGGGCGAAUGGCGGCGGUGGCGGCGGUGGCGAAGGCGUCACCAAGAAGGGCGAUGAGAGGAACUCGGGCAAGGUCGACACGUGGGAAGGCUUCUACGAGCCAGCCACCGGUGGGAACCCGCGAAAGUGGUACAGCCAGUACUGA